AUGGGGCGCGGCGCGGCGGGCGGCGCGCGGCGCUCCCGGCGGGGCAGCGCGGCCGCGGGCGGGACGCGCCGGGCCCGGGGCAGGAAUGCGGGGGCAACCCCGGACGGGGCCAAGGCGGAACCCCCCGGGCCCAGCGCCAUCGAUCUGGGGGCGCAGAGCGGGCGCUGGGCCGCCUUCCAGGAGCGGCACCGGCUGAGCUGCGAGGAGGCGGCGCGGCUGCUGCUGGACGCGUAUGAAUACAGGGGUUUGGUGAAGCACACUGGAGGCUGUCACUGUGGAGCCGUCCGCUUUGAGGUCUGGGCUUCAGCAGAUCUGCACGUGUUUAACUGCAAUUGCAGCAUUUGCACAAAGAAACAGAACAGACAUUUCAUUGUGCCAGCGUCGCGUUUCAAGCUGCUAAAGGGUGCUGACAAUUUGACAACAUACACCUUCAACACACACCGUGCCCAGCACACGUUCUGCAAGACCUGUGGUGUUCAGAGCUUUUAUACUCCUCGUUCUAACCCUGAUGGUUAUGGAAUAGCUCCCCACUGUCUGGAUGAUGGCACAGUGCAGACCAUUAUCACAGAGGAUAUCAAUGGCAAGGAAUGGGAGAAAGCAGUGAAGGAACAUAAAACCAUCAGAGACAUGUCAAAACCCUGACACACCCUUCUAGCAGCCUUGGGAGCACUGCCAUGGAACUGCAGUCUGGGUUUCCUGGGUGAUGGUGAAAUCAAUCUCUACUAUUACCUGUUCUCAGUUUCUUAAAUAAAUCUUUCUAUCCUGAUUGUCUCA